AUGCUUGCGUAUGGAGUAUCAGGUGAUUUGAUAGAUGAAUAUGUGUGGAUUGGAGAAACUACUGCAUUAGAAAGUUUGAAAAAAUUUGUUAUUAUGGUAAUUGAUGUUUUCUCUGAGGAAUACUUGAGAAAGUCAAAUAAUGAAGACAUUGCUAGAUUGUUAACUCACGGUGAACAUCGAGGUUUUCCAGAGCGAUCUCAUGUAUUUAAUGAACUUGCUGAAGGACGUGCUCCUGCAGUACAUUACUCAAUUAAUGGUCAUGACUACACAAUGAGAUAUUACCUUGCUGAUGGCAUAUAUCCAAAGUGGGCAACAUUUGUGAAAACAAUCCCAGCUCCACAAGGACAGAAGUAUAAAUUAUUUGCAGCAGCCCAAGAGGCGUGUAGGAAGGAUGUUGAGCGUGCAUUUGGAGUGCUUCAAGCACGUUUUGCAAUUGUCCGUGGACCUGCACGAUUUUUCCAUCUUGAAACACUCCAAAAGAUUAUGAAAGCGUGCAUAAUUCUCCAUAACAUGAUUGCUGAAAGUGAGCAGGAAGAUGAGCGGGAAGAUAAUGAAGUGGUAGAUUUGGAUUAUGAACAAAAUGAUGGAGUGGAUAAUCCUCCUUUGCAAGUGUUACGUGAACAAAGUGAUGAAUUUUUGUCAUACAUUGAUAGGCAUAGACGCAUAAAGACCGAGAAAUUCAUUUUCAACUCUAGUCGGACCUUAUUGAACAUUUAA